AUUUACUUUAGGUAAACCUGGGCAAGAGAAGACAUCCGGCAUCCGUAACAUCCUCAACUUACCCAGUGAAUCCUGGCAGAUGCUAAAACAACUCUGAAUGAAGCCCAUUUGAUGUUCAUGACAAUCCUUAGAAUGCAGAGAUCUGGUGAUGAAGCCUCUACAUACACUACUAUGGCUAAUCCUCUUGUUUGUUAUAACCUUUACAUUGAUAGUACCACCAGUGUGCAUUAGUCUGCCAUUUUCCAAAUUCUACUACCUUUAUAACAAGCAGGAUGAUGUUACCAAGAAAGCAGAGCUUCUCAAUUCAGAGCGAUACAAGAAAUCUCUUGCCUAUUUCUCCUCACUCCAUUCGGAGUCAUCAAAACUUUUCUAUCUCAACAUGAAAAAAUCAGGUCACCUUGACCUAGUCGUGGCUAUUAUUACCGUCAAGAGAAACGAUGGAACUCUGGGAUAUCUUACGCAGUCAGUCGCAAAAAUGGAUAAAUUACUAAAAGAAGAUAGAAAUUUUGAAAGAAAAUUCAUGUUCAUUUGCAAUGUUGAUCAGAAUCUAUAUGGACAUGAGGAAGCCAGGAAUUUAGAGAAAUUUAUACCUGUGGAAUAUCGCUUUGAAAAUUUAUCAGGAAUACAUCAAAGCAGUCCUCACAAGGUGCUAUAUCAUCUUCAUAAAAAUUUUGAUACCUACCAAAAAGAAACCAUAGACUACAUGUUUUGUUUAGAAAUGGCAUAUUCUAUGAAUCCUGAUUAUGUGUUACUGGUGGAAGAUGAUACACUUCCCCUCCCAAUGGCUCUGGAUGUGUUGACCACUAAGCUACGAUGGUUAACCUUAUUCAGAAGUGAACCUAUGAAAAACUAUGCAUUUAUUAAGUUAUACUAUCCUCCGAAAUGGCAAGGUUUUGGAAAUGAAAUGAGAAGAAUUCUGGAGGUGAUAGCCAUUGGAAUGGUAGGAGGAGGGUGCUUUUUUAUUUUUGCCAUCAGGAAAAAGAUAUUUACACAGUAUUUAUAUUUUGUAUUAGGUGCUAUAUAUUUUAUAAUUUUUGCACUGUUGCUGGAUCGACAAAAUGUUCUUGAGCUACGCAGGUUGGCAUCUCAGUUGUAUUCAUUAAACAUAUCUCCUGGGUGUUGCACACCAGCCAUGUUUUAUCCGAAAUGGAUCAUUCCUAGUCUGCUGAAUUAUUUAGCCAACGAUAAUAACAAGCAUCAUACAGACAUUGCUAUUUAUAAUUUCAUUACAAGCAACAAUCUCACUGCUUAUCAAAUAGAACCCAAUCUGUUUGCUCAUAUAGGAAUGUAUACUUCUGUUCAUCAAAAUUCUCGUAAAGAUCCACAAGAGUUCAUAUUUAGUAUGUAAUGAAACUAAGACAGUGUACAUGUAUUGUAUUCAGGUUCAAAAGAUCUGUGUAGACUCUUUCUGUUUCUCAUCUGCUCCUUUGUAUUCUUCUUGUACAUGUUAUAUGUACAUGGAUUUACAGAAAGAAACUACAGUUGUAUUGCAUUACUCAGUGCAAUUUUAUAUCUUCAAA